AUGGGGAAUGUCUCAGUACGUGAUGGAGUGACCUGGAGUGACCGAGAAUGGGCUCUAAACCGGCCACAAACAGAUAAGAGAGAGCAGGAGAAUGGGAGGUGUGAAAAUGUUCCCAACGAGCUAGAGGUGGAGCCUUUGGUAAAGCAGAGCUGCAGAGAAGCCCAAGGGAAUAGGGCAGAGGACAACAACGUGAGAGCAGUCAGCGGAGCUUCCAGGAAGACGUGGCUUGACCUGAGCUUCCAAGAAGGAGAAACACAUGUCUGGUACUGCAAAUAUGGCCAAGAACCCAUGAUUGGGAAGCUCCUUUUGGACAACUGGCCAGGGCAUGACUUGGAUUUAUUCACGUACCCCCAGCACUAUUAUGACAACCUGGAGUGUGUGCUCAUCCCUCAUGGCAUCAUAGUGAAUAGAAUUGAGCGGCUGGCUAAGGAUAUAAUGAAAGAUAUAGGCUACCAUGAUAUUCUGGUCCUGUGUGUGCUGAAAGGAGGUUACAAAUUCUGUGCUGAUCUGGUAGAACACCUUAAGAACAUCAGCCGAAAUUCAGAUCGAUUUGUCUCUAUGAAGGUUGACUUCAUCAGACUAAAAAGUUACAAGAAUGACCGGUCCAUGGGCGAGAUGCAGAUCAUUGGAGGCGAGGAUCUCUCAACACUGACUGGAAAGAAUGUUCUCAUUGUUGAGGAUGUUGUUGGAACUGGGAGGACCAUGAAAGCGCUGCUCAGCAGCAUCGAAAACUACAAGCCCAACAUGGUGAAGAUAGCCAGUUUGUUGGUAAAGAGAACAGCCAGAAGUGACAGCUUCAGACCUGACUAUGCUGGAUUUGAGAUCCCAGAUGUCUUUGUGGUGGGCUAUGCCUUAGACUACAAUGAAUACUUUCGAGACCUGAAUCACAUAUGCGUGAUCAACGAAUGCGGUAAAAAAAAAAUACCGAAUAUGACGAAGCAAAACUCCUCAGCGUCUCUCUCCCAGAUAAUAUGA